GGCACGGGGCGGUUGGUGUUUGUAAUGACACAUUUUGAAAGCACAUUAACAUAGUAACCAAGUUCGAGCUGGAGCUGAAGUGAAACUGGAUACUUUUUUUUGCCUUUCUUCCUUCCUGCUCCAUAGGAAAGUAGCUGAGAUAAUGAGAUACAAGUUUUGUGCUUAAGACUGGUACACAGUUAUGUAAUAACAAGAAUAAUUUAAGAGUGGUUGAAAGAGAAACGGCGGUGGAAUGCGAAGUUAUCGACGGUGACGGUGGAAUGUCGCAGAGCGCCGGAGCUCCGCAGCCUCCCCCGGGUCCGCCCUCCUCCUUCUCCUCCUCCAACUACUCCUACUCCUGCGCCUCUCUGCCCGGCCUGGAGGCCUCCGCGGCGGGAUGCAGCACCGUCUUGAUGGCGGUCAGAGUGACGGCGAGUCACUCCGGGAUCCGGCCGCUGUGUCUGCCCGGCUGUGGGGAUGAAGCUCUGCGGCUUCAGCUCAGCAUGGACCCGGGGAAGGCGGGGGAAUUCCGGCUGGCCCUGAGACCCAGCAGCGGAACUAACGCGUCCAUCGCAGAGUUCGAUCUCAGGACGGUGCGCUACGAAGUCAAGACACCACGGAGUCACGAGCUGAUCCUGGCCACGCCCCCUCAUGACCGCAUCACCUUCAACUUCCGCAGAGAACAGGAAGCGCAGGCCUGGGCCACCGUGGUGAUGUCAUCACUCCGCGAGGCCCAUCGAGUGGCCACUGGUUGUCCUGCAGAUGAUGGACAGCUGCUGCCCCAGCCCCUGGUUGUACAAAUGCCCGCCUCACUGUCCAGCACGGAGGAGUUGUGUACGGAGCUGGUUCGGGCUGUAGAGGCCGGGGAUGUUCAGGCUGCGUCUGUGUGUGCGGAGUCUCUGGCUCUUCAACACACACCGCUGUGCAUUCAGCCAAAUCACAAACACUACACCAACAAGGAGAUCAGUUUGUCAGUGGUGCUGGAGGACGCGUCCUCUUCCUGUUGUGUCACGGUUAAAGUUUUCCCCCACGCCACGGUGGCUACUCUGAAACAGCAGGUGUUUGUGCAGUAUGGUUUCCAUCCACACGUCCAGCGCUGGGUCAUCGGGAAGUGCCUGUGUGCCGACUCUCGCUCUCUGGCGUCCUACGGCGUGCAGCAGGACGGAGACACGGCAUUCCUGUACCUGGUGUCCCGACAGAGGCGACAGGUUCAGGAGAACCUCCCACUCACUCCCACUUCCUUCUCUGGGGACGCACAGUAUAUUGGCAAUGGGCCGGAGGGAACGCUGAGAGCCUACAGUACGCUGCCCACCAGACUGCACCCGCACCACAACGGCGCCGGCAGUCGUAGUUUGGCCGGGACAGAGAAGUUGGGUUUGUGUGAAAUCCGUGACCUGAUUAACCUGGAAAUGCCGCAACUGAAUGAAGCCCUCUUACCCGGCAGAUCUAACGCACAGCUGGGUUGGACGUGUCCGUCCUGUACGUACAUUAACAAGCCGACGCGUCCCGGCUGUGAGAUGUGCAGUGCGGACAGACCCGAGAGUUACACUGUGCCUGGAAGCUACAGACCCGAUACACUGGAACUGCGACGCAUCCAACAGGAGAAAGAAGCCAUCAGACAGUACCAACAGGCACAGGAAGCAGAGCGCAGGAUGAACUAUGCUCGGCUGGUGGAGGUGGACGGUCAGGAGCUGGUGCCUAACGCAGAGAGCAUUGAAUGCAGGAUUUGUUUCUUGCAGCUUCAGUCAGGAGAGGGAGUCCUAUUGCGUGAAUGUCUACACUGCUUCUGCAGAGAAUGUUUGCGUUCGGUAAUCCUGCUUUCAGAGGAUCCUCAGGUGGCGUGUCCCUACAGAGACGAGGUGUAUGCAUGUGACUGCACACUGCAGGAGAGAGAGAUCCGUGCUCUGGUUUCAGGUGAGGAGUAUGAACGCUGGCUGCAGCGUGGGCUCUCAGUGGCCGAGUCGCGCUGUGAGGGCAGUUAUCACUGCGCCACCACUGACUGUCCAGGUUGGUGCGUGUAUGAGGACACGGUCAACACGUUCCACUGCCCUGUCUGCAACAAGCAGAACUGCCUGCUCUGCAAGGCAAUUCAUGAAGGGAUGAAUUGUAAACAGUACCAGGACGAUCUUGCUGCUCGUGCCAUUAAUGACACCGCAGCCCGGAGAACGAGGGACCUCCUGAAGACUCUGGUGAGGUCCGGCGAGGCGAUGCACUGUCCUCAGUGUGGAAUCAUCGUGCAGAAGAAGGAAGGCUGUGAUUGGCUGCGCUGCACUGUGUGUCACACAGAGAUCUGCUGGGUCACCAGAGGGCCGCGCUGGGGCCCCAGGGGUCCUGGAGACACGAGUGGAGGCUGCCGCUGUAAUGUGAAUAAACAAAGAUGCCACCCAAAAUGUCAGAACUGCCACUGAGAGAGAGAGAGCAAGAGCAAGAGCACCCUGGAUGAAAACCAAUAACAAAGAAAAAACAACAAAAAAAAAAAGACUGAAAACAAAAACCAAAGCAGAAUAUCUUUAACUUUCAUGAAUCAUGAUUAAGUUAAACAUACUGGAUAAAAUGCACUUUUUUAUGUCUUACUCCCAGCAAUAUUCAAAAGUAUUAAAAAUAUUAAUAUACACAAGUGCCUUAUUUUAUAAACCCAGCUGUUUUUCAGGGUGCUACAUUUUCACAUGGAUUUAUUUAUAGAUCCAGAGUAACUCUUGUGCGUUGAACUGUUUUUCUUAACAAACAGAACCUUACCAUAUUAUUUAAUAUGGAAAUAAAGCAUCAUGAUCUAUUAUUCUUAUAGAGUUUUAACUGUAAAGACAAAGCAUGGAGGUUUGGCAACAUGGCCGCAGCUACGGUGACAGUUAUGUUCUACUGAGAAUAUCUGUUCAGUGCCUUAUGUUGGAGGUUUUGUCUAGAAUGUAAACAUUCUUGUAUGACCUUUAUAUAAUUUAUUCUACAUUUAAAGCUAUCACUGAUCUGAAAAAAACAAUAAACAUUUCCACAUGAUGAAACUGA